UUCAAAUUCAAGUUAUUCCUCAACCACCGUUGAAGCAGCAUCGCUUUGGCGGGCACGGUCACGUUUUUAAAACCGUUUGACUUUAAACUAUUGUGAGACACGAGAUUGAUUUUUUUGUGGAAAUCGUUACAGUGUAAUGCGAAUAGGAAACAAGACAAAAUCACUUACAUUUUUACAUGUUUCGUAAAGAUAGACAGUGUACAAAAUGAACAUAACGCUAACGGAGGUGAAUUUUACCGUAGAAACUCGGUUUGAAGAAUUCACAACGCCUGAGCUCGGCGGCGUGACUGAUGGAUUUAUCGAACGUAAAUGGAAUGCAUUGCUAGAUGUUAUCGGGGAUAAUCCCGACAACCUGUACGUCUGGUACUCGAUGCUGUACUCGUACGGUCUGUUCUGGCUGCUCGGUGGACUGUUUGUGCUGAUGGACCUGACGAAUCGGCCGCACUGCAUGCGCAAGUACAAAACGCAACCCGGCACGAACGAGCCGCUCAGCUGGGCACGGUGCAAACAGCUCAUCCGCACCGUCGCCUACAACCAGCUAGUGUACGGUGUCCCGAUGACCUACUGUUCCUAUCACGCCCGCAAGCUCAUCUCCGACGAGGUGCCGAACGUACGGAUCCUACCGACACUGGACGUUAUCCUGCGCGACAUGCUGGUUUGCAUCGUUGCCUGGGAGGUGGCCUUCUACUACACGCACCGGCUGCUGCACACCAGCUUCUUCUACAAGCGCAUCCACAAGCAGCACCACGAGUGGCCGGCCCCGGUUGCCUGGUCCGCCAUGUACGCCCAUCCGUUCGAGUUCAUCAUCAGCGACCUGUUCCCGGUGUACCUCGGGCCGGCCCUUAUGAAGUGUCACAUAUUUACGCUCACGCUCUGGCUGACGUUCGUGAUGUGGGACACGCUCGGCGACCAUUCCGGCUACCAUCUGCCAUUUCUGGGCAGCUCGGAAUCGCACGACUACCAUCAUAUGACCUUCAACCAAUGCUAUGGCAACUACGGCUGGUGCGAUCGGCUGCACGGUACGAAUGACGAGUUUCGGAAGAAGAAACAAUACCAAAGGCACUAUCGAAUUUUUAGUCUCAAAUCGGCCCGGGAGCUAGUCCCGGCUAAAUAAAGCCCAAACGGCUUAUUUAUAGUU